AUGGCGGAACCAGAUAGUAACGUCGAAAAGGUCGCUGCUCAACGACAGUACAUUGUACAGUCUCAGAAGUGGUCCUGGUCCCGCUUGCGACGGGGUAGGGCCCACCCGAUCCCCAGCGAGCGUCAAGUAUCGAAGGAAUACGGAGCCGGAUUCUGGAGUAAAUUGACAUUCUCUUGGAUUAAUGAGCACAUGAGCACUGGAUAUCAUAGACCAUUGGAAUAUGAGGAUAUCUGGCUGGUGAACCCAGACCGUGCUGUCGUACCUCUGUCAGGGAAACUGCGAGAAAGCUUUCAACAGCGCGUGGCCCAGAAUAAGAAGCAUCCCCUGCUUGGAGCCAUACACGAUACAUUUCGGCGCGAGAUCUGGCUGGGCGGGAUUUGCCGUCUGGUAUCGGACGUCCUGUUGAUAUUUGCUCCCUUCACUCUCCGCUACCUGAUUGCAUUUGCGCAAGACGCGUGGAACGCACAUCAUAAUGGGGAGCCCGUUCCCAACAUCGGGAAGGGGGUAGGCCUCGUGCUAGGCAUCCUCGGGAUGCAGAUUCUGCAAAGCUUAGGCGACACCCAUUUUCUCUAUCGGUCUAUGGUCGUCGGAGGCCAGACGCGCAGUGUGUUGAUCUCCGCCAUCUUUGAGAAAUCCUUACGCCUGUCUAUGAGGGAAAGGGCUGGGGCGACAGGCAAAAGCCACUCAGGGUCAAAGUCUGAGGGCUGGACGAAUGGUCGCAUCAUGAAUCUCAUGUCCAACGACACACAGCGCAUCCUCCAGGCGUCCAACGUGGUUCACCUUGUCUGGACCAGUCCCCUGGCCAUCCUGCUUGCUGUCAUCCUGGUUAUCAUCAACUUGACUUAUAGUGCCCUGCCGGGUGUGGGGUUCCUCAUCAUCGGCCUGUUCAGCCUGUCACGCGUAGUCAAGUUCUUAGCAAGCCGGAGAGAUACUAUCAACGCUGUUGCAGACCAGCGGGUGAGCCUGACUCAGGAGAUCCUCCAAGGGGUUCGGUUUGUCAAAUGUUUUGCUUGGGAAAGGGCUUUCCAAGAUCGGUUGAACGAGAUUCGAGCACAAGAGAUUCGCUCGGUCCAGGUUUUGCUCAUAACGCGGAGUGCCAUUGGAGCAGUGUCGAUGGCCCUUCCCAUCUUCGCCACUCUUUUCGCAUUCAUCACGUUUGCACUUUCAAACCAUGCUUUGGAUGCAGCAACUAUAUUCUCGUCGCUUGCGCUUUUCAACUCCCUGCGAACCCCUCUGAACUGGCUUCCCGUCGCUAUCGGACAGGUGAUUGAUGCACUAGCCUCCGUCCGGCGUAUUGAAGAUUUCUUAAAGGCAGAGGAACAUGAAGAACAGGCGGUUUGGGACCUGAAAAUGGCCGCUGCGGCGGAGCUUCGCAAUGCCAGUUUUACCUGGGAGCGUGGUCUGAGUGCUGAAAAGGCAGUGGCAUCUGAAUCCGCCUCAGCGUCGCAGUCAGUCUUCCAGCUUCAUGGAUUGGAUCUCACAGUCCAGCGAAACGAGUUACUGGCCGUUGUGGGUACCGUAGGCUCUGGCAAGACAUCAUUACUUGCAGCAUUGGCCGGUGAGAUGCGCCGCACAGGGGGGACGAUGGUUCUCGGAGCCUCCAGAGCCUUUUGUCCACAAUAUGCUUGGAUCCAGAAUGCCACCGUUCGUGAUAACAUUGUCUUUGGGCAGCCGUUCGACUCGGAUUGGUAUCAUGAGGUCGUGGAUGCGUGCGCCCUGCGGGCGGACUUUCGCAGCCUGCCCGCAGGUGACAUGACAGAAAUCGGAGAGCGAGGUAUCAAUCUCUCUGGAGGUCAGAAGCAGCGAGUGAACCUGGCGAGGGCUGUCUAUUCACGCUCAGACAUCGUGCUCAUGGACGAUCCGUUGUCCGCGGUCGACGCCCAUGUCGGCGAGCAUAUCUUCAAGCACGCCAUUUGCGGCCUGUUGAAGGACAACACUCCCCGGGACUUCAAUCGCCUGAUGGCUUUGAGCGUCCAGCGCGAGGAAGGGGAGGAAGAAGGGAAACCUAAGGACGAAAGGAACUCGGAAGAUCGUAUUGAACGUGUUGACACCAGCGUCUCCCUUCAUGGUGAUGGAGCGCUGAUGACUGCAGAAGGCAAAGCGGUCAAGAGUGUACCAUGGAGCGUCUAUGUGGCGUACAUCCGAGCAUCGGGCAGCAUUGUGAACGCCAUCUGGAUCCUCCUAUUGCUUGUCAGUUUCCGAGGGGCGAAUAUUAUGACCGGGCUGUGGUUGAGUUACUGGUCAGGCCAGGCUUUUGAUCUAAGUCGGGGCCAAUGGGGAGUUCUCCUGUUUGCCUUUUCUCUCUGCACGAGUGUGGUUGGUACGAAUGCAAGUCGCACGAUGCUCAAUCAGGCUACCUGGCAUGUCUUGCGAUCUCCCAUGUCGUUCUUCGACACGACGCCUCUCGGUCGGAUUACGCAUAGAUUCACCAAAGACAUUGACGUGAUGGAUAUGAGCCUGACAGACUCCUUGCGGAUGUAUCUUGUCGUGCUCAGUAUGAUCUUUGGCGUUUUUAUACUUACCAUUGCGUACUUCUACUAUUUUGCCGCCGCUAUUGUGCCCCUGGCAGUUCUCCUUGUGAUCUGGACGGCGUACUACCGAGCCAGUGCACGUGAAUUGAAGCGUUUCGAAGCUGUGCUGGACUCAAGCGUGUAUGCGCGGUUCAGUGAAGCACUCGCGGGGACAUCUAGCAUUCGAUCGUACGGGCGCCAACAGCAGUUCACCUCACGCAUCCAGUCGGCUAUCGAUGAUAUGAAUAGCGCUCACUUUCUAACAUUUGGCAACCAGCGAUGGCUUUCGUUGCGCCUGGACAGCAUUGGUAACGCACUUGUCUUUACCAGCGGCAUUCUUGUUGUGGCAGAGCGGUAUAAUAUAUCGCCCAGUAUAUCCGGCCUUGUGCUCAGCUACAGUCUCAGUAUUGUACAGCUCAUCCAGUUCACCGUGCGGCAGCUGGCAGAGGUGGAGAGCGCCAUGAAUGGCACUGAACGUAUCCAUGAAUACACAGGGCUAGAGCCAGAGGCUCCGUUGGACUUGGGAAUGGUGCGCCCGACCUGGCCUGAACAGGGCCACAUCACCUUUGAGAACGUCGCAAUGCGGUACCGUCCUGGGCUUCCGCUAGUCUUGAACAGACUGAACCUGGCCAUUUCAGGAGGUGAGCGAAUCGGAAUUAUCGGUCGAACUGGAGCGGGGAAGAGCUCCAUCAUUUCAGCGCUGUUCCGGCUGGUCAAGCUGGCGGAGGGCUCUAUCACCAUUGAUGGAGUGGACAUCUCUAAAAUUGGCCUGCACGAACUCCGCGCACGCGUUUCCAUCAUCCCCCAGGACCCGACGUUCUUCCGGGGCACGGUGCGGUCCAAUCUCGACCCGUUCAAUGAACAUACCGAUGCUGAGCUCUGGAAUGCCCUGCGAGAGAGCCAUCUUGUGGGCGCAAAUAACGCGAGCAACGAGCCCUCGCAAGAGUCGGAAAAGGCUACCUCCAGUAUGUCGAAGAUCACACUGGAUGGACCCAUGGACGAAGAGGGAUCGAACUACUCGCUCGGACAGAGACAGCUUCUAGCCUUUGCUAGGGCUAUGGUUCGGGACAGCCGGAUCAUUGUGAUUGAUGAAGGAACCAGCUCGAUUGAUGCCGAGACCGAUACGAAGAUCCAGGAGACGAUUGUCAAUAACUUCCGCGGAAAGACCCUGCUGAGUAUUGCGCAUCGUCUACGAACGAUCAUUGGAUAUGACCGUAUUUGUGUCAUGGACCAGGGCCAGAUUGCAGAGCUGGGUCCGCCGAUGCAGCUAUGGAAGCAGAUGGGAAUCUUUCGUAGUAUGUGUGAUCGGAGUGGGAUCCGGAGGGAGGAUAUUGAGGCUGGGAGAUAG